AUGACACAAGAAUACACCAAAGACACAAUGGAAACAACUACAGCUAUGUCCUCAAGUGCAACAGAAACUUCAACCAGUAUCUCGCCAGAACCAAGUCCCUCACAACCUUCUACGGUUACCAGUGAGACUGCCACUACAAAUGAACAAACUUCAGCAGUCACGGACGGGCAAAUAUCAGCCACCACCAUUGGACUCUCAUCUACCCAGGGAACUGAAAGUACAACUACACAGCCAACUGACACAACAACUGAAGCUGGAACGACCCAUGAUGAGCACACAACAAAGGCAGAAAUGACAACAAUGCCAGCUGAAGCAACAACCACUGUCACACAAGAACCAUCGGCUAGCCAAGAGACUUUGACAAGCCCAUCUUCCUCAAUGACUUCUGGUCACACAACAGUGCCCUCUGACGUUACGAGUGAGUCUCUUACUAGCACUGCUGGAACCUCAACUCCAAGUGAGGCAUCAACAACAACUUAUGAAGCAAAAACAUCUCCUGAAGAAUCAACAGCGACCACAGAUGGUUUAACAACUGCAACUGUGGAAGCUACGUUUUCAACAUCGGGAGUGACUAUGACACAAGAAUACACCAAAGACACAAUGGAAACAACUACAGCUAUGUCCUCAAGUGCAACAGAAACUUCAACCAGUAUCUCGCCAGAACCAAGUCCCUCACAACCUUCUACGGUUACCAGUGAGACUGCCACUACAAAUGAACAAACUUCAGCAGUCACGGACGGGCAAAUAUCAGCCACCACCAUUGGACUCUCAUCUACCCAGGGAACUGAAAGUACAACUACACAGCCAACUGACACAACAACUGAAGCUGGAACGACCCAUGAUGAGCACACAACAAAGGCAGAAAUGACAACAAUGCCAGCUGAAGCAACAACCACUGUCACACAAGAACCAUCGGCUAGCCAAGAGACUUUGACAAGCCCAUCUUCCUCAAUGACUUCUGGUCACACAACAGCGCCCUCUGACGUUACGAGUGAGUCUCUUACUAGCACUGCUGGAACCUCAACUCCAAGUGAGGCAACAACAACUUAUGAAGCAAAAACAUCUCCUGAAGAAUCAACAGCGACCACAGAUGGUUUAACAACUGCAACUGUGGAAGCUACGUUUUCAACAUCGGGAGUGACUAUGACACAAGAAUACACCAAAGACACAAUGGAAACAACUACAGCUAUGUCCUCAAGUGCAACAGAAACUUCAACCAGUCCCUCGCCGGAAACAAGUCCCUCACAACCUUCUACGGUUACCAGUGAGACUGCCACUACAAAUGAACAAACUUCAGCAGUCACGGACGGGCAAAUAUCAGCCACCACCAUUGGACUCUCAUCUACCCAGGGAACUGAAAGUACAACUACACAGCCAACUGACACAACAACUGAAGCUGGAACGACCCCUGAUGAGCACACAACAAAGGCACCAACUACACCUACCACACCUUCUCCAACUACCCUAACUACUACACCCAGUCCAACUUCUACAACUGCACCUCCUUCACUGACGUCACCUUCACCCUCAACAACUGGACCUACACCUCCGAUUAAUGUGACUUUGGGUGAGUGAUCACAUGACCAGGAAAUACUCUGUGAUACUACUAGGGCUUGGAGGUUCUAAUUGUUGUUCCUUAUUGUCCUUUUCAUGUUAAUGAACUACAGACACCAUUGAAGUAUCAACAGAUGUCAUUGUUAGACUCAACAAAACAUUUAAAGAAGAGUUCCGUGACCCAUCAACACAGGAAUAUAAAAAUUUUACAAAAGAUUUCACUAACACGGUACGUGCUUAAUUUACAUACAAAGUCUUUUUUUAAAUCAUACAUGUAUAAUCUUAAUGAGCUCAUUAAUAGUAACUAACUGAGCUAUAACAACUUUUGUUUUCCAGAUGACCUUACUAUACAACAGAACUAUUAAGAAUUUUAUCGGCAUAGUGAUAAUAGGACUCAGGUAUGUGAACAUUUGAGGAAACGUCUCAACACAGAAAUAGUAUGAAUUAAACAAGUUAGUUCAAUCUCUUUUUAGAACUUCUAUUUACAUGUGGAACCUCUUUUUGGAAUCUCUUCUCUCUCUAUUAGGAAGGGCAGUGUCGUGGUGGAGCAUGAGGUUCUACUGCGCAUAGUGAAUGGGAAGAACCUAACUAAUGACAUUGCUGAGUCAGAAGAACAGAUCAAGGACAUUCUCAAUGAGGCCAAAAACUGCACCACAGGUCAGUAACCGACUACAGACUCUUACGAUAUCAGAAACCGGUUGUUAAGUAGGCCAUUUGGCUUAUCCAAGAUCUGCUGUUUGUGCCAUUUUACAUAUGCCAUUUAGCAGACGGUUUUAUCCAAAGCGACUUACGACACUGAGCGUAUACAUUGUGGUAUGGGUAGGCCCUGCGGGAAAUGAAGCCGCAAACCUGGCCUUACUAGCGCCAUGUUCUUACCCACUGAGCUACACAGUUUUAGCCAACUAACUAACUCUGACUAGCGUUCGAAAAUUCGAUCUGGCUAUCAAAAUUACUCCGAUUCUAGAGCACUCUGGUCUGAGUGUGCCAGAGCGCAGAAUAACUGAUUCAUUUACUGACGCUCAACACCAGUUGAAUAUGUUGGGUGUCAGUCAACGUCCGCAAAAAAGCGUAAUUAAAUUGUUCUCAGCAGCACAGUUACAGUCACCAACGAUCUGGAUAACAUGAAAACAGCCUAACGAGCUCUGCUAGGGCGAGUAAAAUGGUCAGAGUGAGGUGUUCUCUCAUUUGUGUCUGGAAGUAGUUAGCCAGUUAGCUUGGGUACAUGACUUCAUUUGUGAGGUCAACCCAACUCCCCAGCCAGAGCGUCCAGUGUGCGCUCGGCGAGCGAAAAGCUCUGAAUUUAUGAAUGGACAAUCUGACAAAGUUCUGAAUGUACGAACGCCCAGAGCUCACUGUGGCACUCCACGUUGAAUUUACGAACACACCCACCGUUGUUAAAAUCACAUAUUAGACCUGGGCCAGGUUAGCUGACCAAUGUGUAUGAAAGAAAAGAAGAGAGAGAGAAAUUAUCACUCUUGAACUUUACAUUCACAAAACAAUUAUACUGCGUUAAAAUAUGGUAUUAUUGACAAAUCACUUGUCAAAUCAUUUGUUUUGCAUAACAAACAUUUCUGUUGCAUCCACAGGCCAAGACGGCUGUCUUGACUUGGACAUCAUAGGAGAUGUCAUAGUAAAGAAUUCCACGUUUGAUAAAGAAUGUAAGUAUACUAAAGCCUAUAUUUGUGAGUCCACACCAGGGUAUCUAUGGUUAUCCUUUCAACACAUUUUAGUGAAAGGGGUUAUACUGUAAAGCUGUUCCUACCAGGGUUGGGGUCAGUUACUGUAAUUCUGCAAGUUCAUUUAAAUAUACAGUACCAGUCAAACGUUUGGACACACCUACUCAUUCAAGGGUUUUUCUUUAUUUUUUAAAACUAUUUUCUACAUUGUAGAAUAAUAGUGAAGACAUCAAAACUAUGAAAUAACACAUAUGGAAUCAUGUAGUAACCAAAAAUGUGUUAAUCCAAAUAUAUUUCAGAUUCUUCAAAGUUGCCACCCUUUGCCUUGAUGACAGCUUUGCACACUCUUGGCAUUCUCUCAACCAGCUUCCCACAAACCAAACAUUUGAGAUUUUUGGUUCCAACUGCCGUGUCUUUGUGAGACGCAGAGUAGGUGAACGGAUGUUCUCCGCAUGUGUAGUUCCCACCGUAAAGCAUGGAGGAGGAGGUGUUAUGGUGUGGGGGUGCAUUGCUGGUGUCACUGUCUGUGAUUUACUUAGAAUUUAAGGCACAUUUAACCAGCAUGGCUACCACAGAAUUCUGCAGCAAUACGCCAUCCCAUCUGGUUUGGGCUUAGUGGGACUAUCAUUUGUUUUUCAAAAUGACAAUGACCCAACACAGCUCCAGGCUGUGUACAGUGAGGGAAAAAAGUAUUUGAUCCCCUGCUGAUUUUGUACGUUUGCCCACUGACAAAGAAAUGAUCAGUCUAUAAUUUUAAUGGUAGGUUUAGUUGAACAGUGAGAGACAGAAUAACAACAACAAAAAAUCCAGACAAACACGUCAAAAAUGUUAUAAAUUGAUUUGCAUUUUAAUGAGGGAAAUAAGUAUUUGACCCCUCUGCAAAACAUGACUUAGUACUUGGUGGCAAAACCCUUGUUGGCAAUCACAGAGGUCAGACGUUUCUUGUAGUUGGCCACCAGGUUUGCACACAUCUCAGGAGGGAUUUUGUCCCACUCCUCUUUGCAGAUCUUCUCCAAGUCAUUAAGGUUUCGAGGCUGACGUUUGCCAACUCGAACUUUCAGCUCCCUCCACAGAUUUUCUAUGGGAUUAAGGUCUGGAGACUGGCUAGGCCACUCCAGGACCUUAAUGUGCUUCUUCUUGAGCCACUCCUUUGUUGCCUUGGCCGUGUGUUUUGGGUCAUUGUCAUGCUGGAAUACCCAUCCACGACCCAUUUUCAAUGCCCUGGCUGAGGGAAGGAGGUUCUCACCCAAGAUUUGACGGUACAUGGCCCGUCCAUCGUCCCUUUGAUGCGGUGAAGUUGUCCUGUCCCCUUAGCAGAAAAACACCCCCAAAGCAUAAUGUUUCCACCUCCAUGUUUGACGGUGGGGAUGGUGUUCUUGGGGUCAUAGGCAGCAUUCCUCCUCCUCCAAACAUGGCGAGUUGAGUUGAUGCCAAAGAGCUCCAUUUUGGUCUCAUCUGACCACAACACUUUCACCCAGUUCUCCUCUGAAUCAUUCAGAUGUUCAUUGGCAAACUUCAGACGGGCAUGUAUAUGUGCUUUCUUGAGCAGGGGGACCUUGCGGGCGCUGCAGGAUUUCAGACCUUCACGGCGUAGUGUGUUACCAAUUGUUUUCUUGGUGACUAUGGUCCCAGCUGCCUUGAGAUCAUUGACAAGAUCCUCCUGUGUAGUUCUGGGCUGAUUCCAUGAGGUGAGAUCUUGCAUGGAGCCCCAGGCCGAGGGAGACUGACAGUUCUUUUGUGUUUCUUCCAUUUGCGAAUAAUCGCACCAACUGUUGUCACCUUCUCACCAAGCUGCUUGGCGAUGGUGUUGUAGCCCAUUCCAGCCUUGUGUAGGUCUACAAUCUUGUCCCUGACAUUCUUGGAGAGCUCUUUGGUCUUGGCCAUGGUGGAGAGUUUGGAAUCUGAUUGAUGGAUUGCUUCUGUGGACAGGUGUCUUUUAUACAGGUAACAAGCUGAGAUUAGGAGUACUCCCUUUAAGAGUGUGCUCCUAAUCUCAGUUUAUUACCUGUAUAAAAGACACCUGGGAGCCAGAAAUCUUUCUGAUUGAGAGGGGGUCAAAUACUUAUUUCCCUCAUUAAAAUGCAAAUCAAUUUAUAACAUGCGUUUUUCUGGAUUUUUUUGUUGUUAUUCUGUCUCUCACUGUUCAAAUAAACCUACCAUUGAAAUUAUAGACUGAUCAUUUCUUUGUCAGUGGGCAAACAUACAAAAUCAGCAGGGGAUCAAAUACUUUUUUCCCUCACUGUAAGGGCUAUUUGACUAAGAAGGAGAGCGAUGGAGUGUUGCAUCAGAUGACCUGGCCUCCACAAUCCCCGACCUCAACCCAAUUGAGAUGGUUUGGGAUGAGUCGGAUGGCAGAGUGAAGGAAAAUAAGCCAACAAGUGCUCAGCAUAUGUGGGAACUCCUUCAAGACUGUUGGAAAAGCAUUCCGGGUGAAGCUGGUUGAGAGAAUGCCCAGAGUGUGCAAAGCUGUCAUCAAGGCAAAGGGUGGCUAUUUGAAGAAUCUCAAAUAUAAAAUAUGUUUUGAUUUGUUUAACACUUUUUUGGUUACUACAUGAUUCCAUAUGUGUUAUUUAAUAGUUCUGAUGUCUUCAUUAUUAUUCUACAAUGUAGAAAAUAGUAAAAAAUUAAGAAAAACAAUUGAAUGAGUAGGUGUGUCCAAACUUUUUACAGGUACUGUAUAUAUAUUCAAUUGGCUAUAUUGAAUUGAAAAAUUCAAAUUAAUCUCCUGCAUUGACUUAACAUGCUUUUUAACAUCACAGUAACUUACUUUUAAACUUCAAACUUAAUAUUCUUUUAAACUUACCAUCAUCUUUGUGUAGCGGUAUGCGACCAGGCCAGACUAGAUAAGGACUUGAGGAUAUACUACCAUGCAGCAGAAAUAGAUGGGCGACUGGUCUGCAUCUCUCCCUGUUCUCCCAACACAACAGGGCAAAGAACUGCAACACCGGCACCUGUAGUAUGUCACAGGACGGCCCGGUCUGCAGGUAAGAGCAUUACAUCUUAUGACUUAUUAUAACAUGACAUAGCAUAACAUUACAUAAUGGACAGCAUAUCUAAUGGAGUUAAGAUUGUACCGGUAAGAUCUCUCCACAGCUUGAAAUGUCUCCACUUGGGUCGCCAAAUUAUGCAACUGGAUAGUAGCAUAACAUAACACAACAUAUCACCAAAUAUAGCCAACAUACAACAUAUAGCCAACAUACAACAUAUAGCCAACAUAUAACAUAUAGCCAACAUAUAACAUAUAGCCAACAUAUAACAUAUAGCCAACAUACAACAAAUAGCCAACAUACAACAUAUAGCCAACAUAUAACAAAUAGCCAACAUAAAACCAGCACAAUGACUCCACUUAACCCUCCAUCCCUCUGUGUCCCAUCCACCACCCACACAGAUGUAACCAGGACUACUGGUACCUAGACUCCGACUGCUACAGUCCUAUCCUGAAGAGGGACCUCUUUGCCGGGUUACUGACCCUGACAGGACUGGUGAUAGCAGCUGUGGGGGUCAUGGUGGUCUACGUAACCUGGCAUAGACGACAAUUACACAGGUGA